AUGGCAGAUCAGAAGGCAGUCACCACCAAGAAUUCUAAGAAAACAAAUUCGGAAACGCGAAAAUCUAAGUCUAGGAAGGAGAUUUCCGCAAAAAGGAAGAUUAACAACGUGGCGGAGAAAAAGGGGACGGAAGUGAAGGGGACAGGCGUAAUGCCUAGCAACGCGGAGUCGACUAUGGAUUGGAAGAAGGAGUUGGCUUCAUUCUUCCGACAAAUGAGGGAUGAAGGACGAGUAAUUGCUAAGGAAAUGAAGGCAAAGAGUCGAGAAGGGAUGGGGGAAGGUCAGAGGAAUCAGAGCGAAUCGGUAGCGGAGCAAAUAUUCCGAUCGAAAAUUGCUGCGACUGAAGAUGGGGCCGAUCUGAGGACUUUUCUUAGUUUGACGGAGCAAGAGUUUCGAGAAAUGAAAAUUUCGGAGGAUCAAUGGGGAUUAUUGGUGAGGAAGUAUUUAACCGGACGGGCUGUUAAGCAAUGGGAUUAUAUAUAUCGAUCUGGGAUAGAUAUGACAAAUUGGUCCCUAGUACGUGAAAGGCUCUGUGAGAGAUUCCGCGUUUUACCACGGGAUAGUAUGAUACUUAAAAUGAAGGAAAAUGUAUGGAAGGGAGACUAUAAUGAGUAUACUAAUGCGUUUACGGAUAUAGUGAUUACAGGAGAAGAGAUGCCCGAGGAAGAAUUGGCUAUAUUUUAUCUAGCGGGAUUGCCUGAGGACAUAGGAGAUAAGUUGACGAAACGUGGGAAGAGGGAAUUCCCGACUUGGCAUGAAGCAGCAAAGGCGUUAAGAGAGAAGAGAGUACGUUGUUCCGAUGAAUGCGUGGCGAUCAAAGAGAAAACGCGCGGUGCGGGAAAUGCAGGGCGUGGAAGGGCAAUCGGGCACGGCAGAUGGCAAUCCCAAGGUGGAGGGAGAGAGGAAUACCGGCAAAGCGGAAGGCUCGAAUGGUGUAACGCGAAGGGUUACACCAUCAGUCAGAGCAGCGACAGAAGGGGAACGAGAUGUGAUACGUUGUUAUGA